ACGACGUUUACGAUCAGUACCAUGACAGCCGAGGGAACCAGAACGCCUCAUGAAACAUUUACUCCGCUCUAUUUUCCAGCCGGAGUGGAGCGCGUGGUACCGGCUUUAUUCUACUUUAUUUCACCUUAGCUCUCCGCCUGCUUUAUUAACGAUGCGUUAGUGUUGAGACAUUUUUCUUUAAAUGGCUGAAUUAUCUGAAUGGAUGUUUUGUUGCCUAAACCAACGUUAUUUUAAAUUAAUAAAUAAAGUGACUGGAUGUCGUGGACCUGCUAUGUCAUUACUGGGCAUUAUUUAAGAACCAGGCGAACUGGAUUUAGUGCAAUUAUUUUAUUUUAUUUGUGUCAUGCAUGAUGAGCAGUCGCGUGUUAAGGAAAAUUCCUCGUUCACCGCUGGUCAACACCCCCACUCUCCCGCGCCAGCCAGCCCGCACACCGGCUAACUGGUAAGGAGCGGACCCGCUCACUACAUCCCGGAAGAAGGCGAGCGCGUCUGCCGCCACGAUUCUCGUUGAAGUAGCGGAGUCAGGACCAGCUCCAGCUCAGCGAAGCCGACCAGUGGUGCUGUUAGCCGGCUCUGCGGCCAUGCAGUCCUCGGUUGAUCAGCGGCCAUGAUGGAGCGGCGUGAGACGGAGACGGAGGGCGCAGACUGCAGGGUGUUCACGUUUAAAGACCCGAGAAGCCCGCAGGAGAGUCUGAGUGUCUGCAUCCCUGAGGUUCUGGACCCUCAGUACGGGAUGUACGUGUGGCCCAGUGCCGUGGUUCUGGCCCAGUAUGUGUGGUUCCACAGAGAGCAGCUGAGAGGCCGGGCGGUGCUGGAGCUUGGGGCCGGUGUGAGUCUGCCCGGCGUGGUGGCCGCCCGCUGCGGCGCCGACGUGAUCCUGUCCGACGACGCCAACAAGCCGGCGUGUCUGGAGAACUGCAGGCGGAGCUGCGCCGCCAACGGCCUGCAGGACGUCAGCGUGCGGGGCCUCAGCUGGGGGGAGGUGUCCCCGGACCUCCUGCUGCUCCCCAGGCGGGACGUCGUCCUCGGCUCGGACGUCUUCUACGACCCGGAAGAUUUUGAAGAUGUUCUCGUGACGUUUGUUUGCCUGCUGAGGAAGAACCCAGAGGCCCAGUUCUGGACUACGUACCAAGUGAGAAGCGCAGACUGGUCCAUGGAGGCUCUGCUCCACCGGUGGGGGCUGAGCUGUGUCCCGGUCCCGCUGGCUGACUUUGAUGCGGAUCAGUCGGAGCUGGCGGGAUCCACGCUGCCGGGCAGCCACAGCAUCCAGAUGAUGAUCGUCUCCAGGAGGACGGCUGACUGACCUGCAGGAGACCACGCAGGCUUUCAGGUUUUCUCUGCUGUGGUCAGAAGUGUGCCGGCUGUGUUUCAGCCUGUCAGCAGCAGGGGGCGCUGUUCCUCUGAUAACCACUUCACUCACCUGUUAGCAGAGACAAACACACCUGUAGUUUGAUUUCUGGGAAAUAAACAUGUCCUCCAUUGUGAAGCAGAUCUCUGGCGUCACGUGUUUUCACUAAACUUCUUUACAGGUCACCACGUUUUUGUGUCUGUCAGAAAAAAGGCAAACAUUAUCUUUGGUAAUAGAAAAGUUAAUCAAAAUCGACUCACAAUCAGUCGGGUAUAAUUCAAAGGCUAUUUGCUACUAAAUGUUUAUGAACCAAUAUUGACGAUAAGAUCAAUUGGAAAUUGCUCGUAAGUACUUUAAAAACUAAAACAUAUACAAACCUAUUGGCAUAUAAUGUAAUGUCAAUUAUUGUGUAACUGUGGGGAAAUAAUUAUUAAACAUUCAACCUGUUUUAUGAAAGAAAGCUUUCUGAGUGAUCAACCAUGUAGAAUAUUUUCCUCCAUCAAAUCCACUCUUUAUUAGAUUAAAAUUAAAAGCUGUGCAGCAGUUGUGAGGUACAGUCACAGGCUUCCUUACUCCAAGUUAUUCCAGGCUCAAAGGUCCAGUUUCAGUCUCAGGUAUUUUCCAUGAAGCCACGGUGAGGACAUGUCCUCAUAUUCUGCGUACACCCCGUGUCCUCCAGGUCACAGCGACUUUAACGUU